AUGGUGGCGCGCCGGUAGGGGCCAUUUAGGAUAUUUGAGUCUUUUACUACCGACCGCUGUACCGCCUGUAUGCCGAUGCGAAAUGUAAAAUAUUUCGACCUUCAUUUUUCGAAAGCGUGAAGCAAAGUCUCUUCGGCGAUCAAUUCCCGACCGGCUAGUGAUCUUCUAAUCAAUUCAAGAAUGAGUCAGGUGUUCGAAGGAUAUGAACGUCAAUACAGUGAGCUUUCUUCUAACUUGUCAAAGAAGUGUACCUCAGCUAGUGGCCUUGAUGGAGAACAAAAGAAGCAGAAAAUUUCAGAAGUUAAAUCUGGAUUGGAUGAUGCUGAGGCUUUGAUUCGCAAAAUGGAUCUUGAGGCUAGGAGUUUACCACCAAAUGUAAAGGCCACUCUCCUUCUGAAGUUGAGAGGAUAUAAAAGUGAUCUGAACAAUUUGAAAACUGAAGUUAAAAGAAUUACAUCUGCUAAUGCUAACCAAGCAGCAAGAGAUGAUUUGUUGGAAUCUGGUGGAAUGGCAGAUGCUAAGGUAUCAACUGAUCAAAGGCAAAGACUGAUGAUGUCAACUGAGAGAUUGAAUCAGUCUAGUGAUAGGAUAAGAGAAGGCCGAAAAGUGAUGCUGGAAACUGAAGAGCUUGGGGUUUCAAUCCUUCAUGAUUUGCACCAGCAACGCCAAUCUCUUCUUCAUGCUCAUAAUACACUCCAUGGAGUGGAUGACAAUAUUAGCAGGAGCAAGAAGAUACUGACAAACAUGUCAAGAAGGAUGAGCAGGAAUAAAUGGAUCAUUGGAUGCAUCGUCGCCGUCUUAGUGAUUGCAAUCAUAUUGAUUCUUUACUUUAAGUUGGCACACUAGUGAAAUUCUCAGGUUUUUGUAUCUACAUCCUUUGUGUGUGUGUUUGAAACUGGAAAACAUGUGAUUUUGAACUUCUAUUAUCGUCUCUUUGACUUGUGGUUAAGGUGUUACUUUGUUAUUUUGAGGUCAUUGCUUGGUAAUUGUAUGUUUGCUUAAAACAUAAAAAAAGCUACAGUUUGGUAGCUUGUUGCAUUUGUUAAUUGAUGAUCAUAAGUAACUCAUUUCCACAUAAUAUAUCA